AUGGCGAGUUUGAACGCGAAGCGAGUGCACUUUCGAUCGGAGGGCGAGCGGGCGGCGCUCGGGGCGGCGCCGGACGGCGCGAAAGACGCGAGCGAUGGUUUCGAGAUGACGAUGACGGAGUUUGAGCAUUACAUGCGAUUGCACGGGAAGAGUAAGCAGACGUACUGCAGUCGAAGGGAGGGGGGGGCGGCGCAAGACGUGCGCGCGUGCGAGGCGACGUUGAGUCGCGCCGAGGCGAGUUUCCGACGUAAUCAGAGGAUCGUGGCGCAACAUAACGCCGAUCCGUCGAAUACGUUCAAGUUGCGGCUUAACAAAUUCGCGGAUGUGGACUCGGAAGAUUUUCAGGCAUCGCAGCUCAGGUAUAGCGCGCGUCCGAUGUCCAAGUUGCGCUCGCACCAUCAAAACGCCAAGCGCUUUGCGCGUCACUUCGCGAGCGGAAUGUUGGGGCAAUCGGACGUCGAUCGAACGGAGUUUCCAAAGCGUUUCAAUUGGAAAGACGUUCCCAACGUCAUGGGCCGCGUGCAUAAUCAAAAGCAAGACUGCGCCUCUUGCUGGGCGUACGUGACGACCGAUAUUCUCGAGUCGCUCAUGGUGAUUAGAAAGGUCACGCCCGUGCACGAGGAACUGGCAGUGGACGAACUCAUCAACUGCGACACGUAUGACAGUGGAUGUGCCACGGGGAACAUGUUUACCGCUUUCGAGUGGAUCGAGACAAAAGGCGGCAUCGCGACGAAUAAGAAUUUCAAUGGCCUUCUCGACGGCAUCAGCAAGAAGCCUGAGUCGUGGUUUUCGAAAGUUCAGGCGCACGCGGGACCCAUCGGCUAUGCGAACGAUGACUUAGCGCCCGAGUUUUCAACGAGGCCCGAACCUCACUUUGAAUCGGCGCUGAAGGUUGAACCGGGCGUGACGCUGGAGAAGGUGCAAGAACAAAUGUGCAUGGCCAGCGAGAAACCCGACUGGCCGCGGGUAGCGCAAGUGCACGGCUACUGCGAGCUUUCUCUGAGUGGAGGCGAGAAAGAGCUCAUGCAUGCGUUGUCUAAAUCACCGGUUGCGAUCGGGGUCAACGCCAACAAGAAGUUUCAGUUGUACGACAGAGGUAUUUUGCGCUUGAAGGAUUGUCCUCCAGCGCCGCAUACGUCAGAGACCAUGUACACGGCCAUCAACCACGCCGCUUUACUCACGGGCUGGGGCGAAGAAAAGAUGCCUAACGGUGAAGUUGUCAAGUACUGGGAGGUGAAGAAUAGUUUUGGCUCGGACUGGGGUGAAGGUGGUUACUUUCGCGUCGAACGCGGACCCGUGACGGCGGAAGGGCUUGGAACUUGCGGUAUGUAUUUCGAGAGCGUUUACCCGAUCGUCGACGAGAAAGAGGCGCGCGCGCAAGAGUGCGUUCCGGGUGCGACGUUUCGCAGGGAUUACUAUCGCGCUCUUAUGGGCGGGGCGGCGCAGCAAGGACGUUCGUUCAUGCAGUUUUUCGAUUCGAACGACGACGCCAUGGCGGUCCGCCUUGCCCUUCUUGUCGCCGCGGGAUUUGUGAUGACUGUGACGCUCGUGACUCGCGUUACGAGGAUGGUGAAGCGUACGUGCGCACCACAAGAAGGGCGUGCACCGCUGCUCGAUUCGAAUGGCGCUCGCCGCGGGUCCGACUUGGUAUAG